AUGGGCAACAUCGACGACGAAUAUGAACGACAUGUAGGACACAUUCAUGACUGUAAGAAGAAAGUGAAGACCAAGAGAAGCCUGUAUCCGGAAACUCUACAGCUGAUACGUCAGCGUGGAGCCGGACGAGCUGCACAAAGAACUCACAUCCGUGGUCGCAAGGCUUUGCAGAGUGGCAUAAAGGGAGACCUCAAACAGAGAAGACUUGAAGCUGAAAAGGCAGAAAAGAGCAUUCUUUAUGCCCAACUCAUCGAAGUAUCGCGAGAGUGCAAGAUGCAGCUGUGUCUCUUUUCUAUCGACUUGAAGAAACCCUUCGAUUCAGUUGAGACUGAAGCGGUCACGGAGGCCUCGUCAUGGAGGUCAAGUCGUCCCUUCUCCAUAAAUAAAGAUACCUUUGCCACUCUAAAGAUCGCCAUGCGAGGAUUGGAAUGGGAUAACGUGGGAGUGGAAGUUGACUGCCGGGACUUACACCAUCUUCGUUUCGCUGAUGACAUCGUUCUUAUAACAUCAAGCAUCAAUCAGGGGAAUACGUAUGAGAAGUUGACAACCAGGUGGAUCAAAACUUCCAAAGAAAUCUCCCGCUUCUUCGCUAUUUCGUUCAAAAUAAACCUGACUUCGCUUACUGCUGGCAUGCUGAAUAAAUGCUUCAAACUCGCACUGAACGGUUGUCUAAGCUUGGAUGUGAGCAAUAAGUGA